CCAAAGGACAUCUGCUAUGACGCUUUUGUCUCCUACAGUGAGAACGACUCCGACUGGGUGGAAAACAUAAUGGUGCGGGAGCUGGAGCAGGCCUGCCCUCCCUUUCGCCUCUGCCUCCAUAAGCGGGACUUUGUGCCUGGGAAAUGGAUUGUGGACAACAUCAUUGACUCCAUUGAGAAGAGCCACAAAACACUCUUUGUGCUGUCUGAGCACUUUGUGCAGAGCGAGUGGUGCAAAUACGAGCUGGACUUCUCACAUUUCCGCCUCUUUGAUGAGAACAACGAUGCGGUGAUUCUUGUCCUCCUGGAGCCCAUCCAGAGCAAAACGAUUCCCAAGAGGUUCUGCAAGCUGCGGAAGAUCAUGAACACAAAGACCUACCUGGAGUGGCCUCUUGAAGAAGAGCAGCAGCAGAUGUUUUGGGCAAACCUGAAAAGAGCCUUGAAGUCAUAGAAGAACUCAGCAGCUCCCAUUUCAACAUAUGUCUGCAAAAGGCUCUAUGUCAGUGUUUCUUCUUGCUAAGAAUUUUUUUUUCGUAUUUUUCUCUCUAAAUACAGCUGGCUUUGUUGUGUGUAGAAAUAAUUGUCAUGUUACUCACUGAAAAAGGACCACUUUUUCCUUUCCA